GUAAAAAAUGUUUCUUUAGGCCACUCAAAUAGAAAAUUUUAAAUUCUAAAUUUUGCGUGUUGUGAUAUUUGGAGUGUUAAAAAAUUGACAUAAUUUGCAACCGUACGUCUUUCGGAUCAAUCCUCAUGAGUGUUUAAAGCUAAAAAAGUCAAAAAACAAAAAAAAACAUCUGAAGGAGUACGAAGUUAUUGCAGCGAACCCAUUACGCAAAAACACCGAAAUAUCGCAAAAACCAAUUUAAGAAUCGACCAAUUUGUAAAAAAUAGGGAAGAAUAAUUUACAAUAUACCCCAAAGAAACGUCACCAUCUCAAACCUAUAAUGAUAAAUUAAAAUAGUGGCAAUUAAAAUAUUCGCUAUCGAAUUAGUAAGCAAAAUUUUUUAAACCAAAAAACAAACAAAAACUACAAAAUCCGAACAAUAUGUUAAGCUCUUUGGAUGCUUUAGCCGAUAAGAUUUCUCCCGGUACAGCAAGUAAAGAAAAUGUGUCGCUCAAGCAGACAUCCCAACAGCGUGACUCCCAAGUACGCGCCCAUCAACGACAUCUAAGCUCCGAUGCACAGCAACAGCAAACGGUCGAUCAACAUCCAACAAAUUUCAAAAAUGAACACAACAACACGCAAGGAUCGCAAAUAACAACAUUCUCACAACAUCGUGACAGUGGCCUAACGCAUCAUCAACACAUGCACCAGAGCCUGCAUGCCCGUCUCAAUGGCAACAGCCAUUGUAAUGGCUCUGAUGUCAUAUCGAAUAGAUUGGGUCAUACGCAUUAUAGUUCGGUGCAUCCAUAUCAAAAGCAUCAGUCAUCAUCAACGACGCAACUUCACCAGCAGCAAGAUCAAACACUGCAACAACAACAACAGCAGCAACAACAGCAUCAACAACAGCAGCACCAGCAGCAGCAACAACAACAUCGCAGACAGCAGCAACAAUUGCAAGAUCAUUUACUGCAGACACAAUUAGAUCUAUUUCAGCCAAAACUACAUUUCGACGGCAGAGAAUCGCCGCAGUUUUAUGGCACUUGUCUGAAGGAAAAUCCAUUUGGAAUGAGUGACAAGAGUAGCACGUCGAAUAGCCUACCGAACAGUCCCAUCCACAGUAAUAACAACAGUUCGCUGUUGAACAAUAACAACAAUACAUGUAGCGCAAAUCGAAAUGUGCUCGUUGAUGAUGAUUCAUGCUUUCGCAUGAAUGCUGAUACCCCUUUUGGCGAGAAGGAGCCCGAUCCGGACAACAUUAAAAUGUUUGUUGGCCAGGUGCCAAAAUCCAUGGAUGAAGCGCAGUUGCGUGAAAUGUUUGAGGAGUACGGACCGGUGCAUUCCAUAAACGUUUUGCGUGAUAAGGCAACUGGAAUUAGUAAGGGUUGCUGUUUUGUCACAUUUUACACCCGUCGUGCUGCCUUGAAAGCCCAAGAUGCGCUACAUAACGUGAAGACCUUAAACGGGAUGUACCAUCCAAUACAAAUGAAGCCUGCAGAUAGUGAAAAUCGUAAUGAACGUAAACUGUUUGUGGGUAUGCUCAAUAAGAAGUUGACCGAGAACGACGUACGCAAAUUGUUUGAAGUUCACGGCGCUAUAGAGGAGUGCACAGUACUUAGAGAUCAGAACGGUGUGAGCAAAGGUUGCGCAUUCGUAACGUUCGCUACAAAGCACGCAGCUGUAUCGGCGAUAAAAGUAACUUUGAAUCAAAACAAAACUAUGGAAGGCUGCUCUUCUCCAUUAGUUGUUAAAUUUGCUGAUACCCAGAAGGAGAAAGAACAGAAAAAGAUUCAACAAAUGCAAGCAAACCUUUGGAAUUUGGCGACCAAUAUCAACAUACCACUGGGUCAAACACCCACUACGGUUUCGACGCCUAUGCUGCCAAAUCCACCUCAACAAGCAAGUCCAGUCCUGGGGGCUGACGCAAUAACGCCAUCCUCGUUACAAUUGUUGCAGCAAUUGCAGGCUGUUGGAUUGCAGCAACAAUUUUUACAAGGAUUGAGUGCUCAAACCAGUACAACCGAUGCUGCUACUGCAGCUGCUGCUGCAGCGGGAUUGUUGCCAGCAAUGAGUGUUCAAAGUUUGGCUGCACUCGCGGCAUUCUCAUCUAAUCCAGCUUUAGCUGGGUCUGCAGCAAAUCCUAGUGGUGCGCAAUUGACGAACACGGCUGCUUUACUAUGCCUCUUAGGGAAAACUGCCAGUACAGGGCCUGAACCUAAUUCCUUGGCUGCCGCCUUUAUGCAAUCGGCAGCUGGCCUACCAUUUGGAACGGCUAGCCUAUCUGCAACACCAUUAGGAAGUGUUUCGUUAAGUACUGCAGCAGCUGCAGCAGCAGGCAAACAAAUUGAGGGUCCUGAGGGUUGUAACCUUUUUAUAUAUCACUUGCCUCAGGAAUUCACAGAUACUGAUUUGGCAACAACAUUUUUACCGUUUGGCAAUGUUAUAUCGGCUAAAGUAUUCAUAGACAAACAGACUAACUUAUCCAAAUGUUUUGGUUUUGUAUCAUUCGAUAGUUCAGAUGCAGCGCAGGUAGCCAUAAAAGCAAUGAAUGGCUUUCAAGUAGGCACUAAACGCCUUAAGGUGCAACUGAAGAAGCCCAAGGAUGCUUCAAAGCCAUAUUAGUCUACGACAAAUAAAUCGCUUGCUUCUUCUGAUGCUGCUACUGAUUACUGAUUACUGCAACAAAAUUAAGAAUUCUAAUUAAAAUGACGAGGACUUUCCUUUCCUCCUCCGCCGCAUUGUUUUAUUAUCAAAAACAAUAAUUACAAAUAUAUUUGCAUGUACAUGUACCGGAUUACUAAUACCGUCGUAUAUGCUGUACAUGUCCGAAGAUGAAUCAAUCCGCAGCAUCAGCAAGAAUUCAGCAAAUUCAUCUGUAAAAGAAUCGCAACAACAAAUUGAUCGUAUAUAUGAGAAAA